UUGUCACAUUAGGAUUUCUAGAAGAUAUUUUAGGAAAAUAGGAUUUUAGAUCUUGUAAAAUACCAAAGUACCCUUAAUUUACCAAUUAUGUUGAAUUUAAAUUAUAAAUUAUAAUAAUUUUCGUAAUAGAUUUUAAUGUUAAAAUUAAAAUCUAUAAAAAUUAAAAAAUAAAAAAAACACUAAAUGGGAAAAAAGGAGACGCGGGAUGCCGCAAACCUAAUUCCCCUUUCUCUUUGUCUUCUCCGUCGUAGACUCGUCGCUCUCCCACGGCGAUUUAGGGUUCAACGGUGAGAAGCUCUGUUCUUCGUCGGUGUUUCAUCAGCCCGUGGUCUCUACUCUCGUCUCCGUCACCAUCCUUUUCGAUCUCACUGAAGACACAACGGCUGCGAAUCGUUCUUCCUCUUCGUCGGGUCAAAUCGAUUUUCGAAGUGUUCUUCCAUCAAUUUCGCCUCUCAAUCUCACAAUUCUUCACAGAAGGUAUUGGAUUUCAUCUAUAGAUUCUCAUAUUAAACGAAAUCGAAGUGUUCUUCCAUUAAAGCUUGAUUUUUUUUUAAAAUGAUUUGCCGUGUUUCUUAAAAUAAUUUUGUUUCACGGAUUGGUUGAUAUUAUUGAAACCUUUACAUGUGUGAUGAUAUUGAAACCUUUACAUGUUGAACUAAUAAUUUUGUCACGGUUUGUAGCUAUGUCUGAGGAGCUACCGAAGAGGCUUUUUAAGGAGGGCGAGGAGCCCCGAGUUACUCAGAUCAACAACAACUGCAGGAUCGACUACAUAAUCCGAAAGUUCCAAGCGUGGCUGCCAAAGGAGUUGGAUGUCGUGAAGAAAGACCCGGUUUUUCAUCAGAUUUUUAAGCUCCAUGAGAAUGGUCUUGGAUACUCUGCGAGGGUGAUACACAGCUUCUUGUGUAGGGAGCUGGUGACUUUCUUACAGCACGAGCUAUGGUUUGUCUUUGCGAGGAGACCGCUUCGAUUCUCAUUGCAAGAGUUCCACGCCGUAACCGGGUUUGAAUGCGAUACUCACAUUUCGAUUGAGGAGUUUGAAGAGUGGAAAUAUGAUGGUGGUUUCUGGAGCAAGGUUUUGAGGAGAAAAGAUGGAACAAUUACACUCUUCAACCUGUGGACUAAGGACAAGGAAGCUGUAAAGAAAUGGAAGAAUGCAGAUCGCAUACGUCUUAUCUACUUGGCGAUCAUUCUUUGUGUGGUAUUGGCGAGAGAUGAGAAGGCUAAUAUCCCCCUGAAGUACAUCGCGGUGGUCAUGGAUCUUGACAGAGUUCGAAGGUAUCCUUGGGGAGUUGCUGCUUAUGACCUUCUCUGCAAAUCCAUAGCCAAAAAUCGUUCCCAACUGAAGGAAAAGACCACUAGCUAUGUCUUGGAUGGCUUCUCAUACGCCUUGCAGAUUUGGGCAAUGGAAGCGGUGCCAAAAAUCGGGAAGCUUUGUGGAAAAAAGCUGGAUAAGGGUUUCAAGGACGGUCCUAGAUGCAUAAACUGGAUGGGAGCUGCGAAGGUGUCAUAUGAGGAGAUCAUUCGCUUGGAGGAGAUUAUUACACCCAAGGAUGACAUCUACCCAUACAUCUCAUGGACAGGAAAUUAUGAUGUUGUCAAAGCUCAGGCGUUUCGCAGAGAUGAUGAUGUGGAGGAUGACAGAAUCAAGGUUCUGAUGGAGAUGAUAAAGAAGGGGCAUGAUUUUAGUGAGCAUGUUUGGGAAACUGAAGAAAAUGAAGUGAUUUCUUUAUCUCUCGAUGACGAAUCAGCUGUGAAUGAUGAAGCAAGCGUGAAUGUUGAAGCAGCCGAGAGUGAUGACGACUUUCAGACUCCGAAAGGAUCAAAAAACGUUGGUUCUAGAUCAAAGAGGGGUAAAAAGAGGCUUCCCGAUCGUGGUAUGGAGAAGAGAAAGCAUAAGGUUCUCGCAAGUGGCGCAAAGCAAGCUCCUUUUAAUGAAGACAUGAAGGCUUUUAUGACACAGUUGUUUGAGCACAACUUCUCUGGAAUGGAACAAAGGAUACAGAAACAGAUGGCCGAGACAUUUGAGCAGAUGCGGACAGAGCUUAAACAAUCACGUAAGGAAGCCAGCGUUGAAGUUGAGCUUGGAGAGCCUUCACCGACAAAGCCAUCGACGAGCCAGGCACCGUUGAGGAGGUCCACACGCGGGGUAAACAAACACUAGUCUUCACCAUCCUCUUCAAUGUUAUUUUGUCUUGUUUAAGUUCGUGGUUUGCGUGUCUGUUUGUUUUAUUGGCAUCUAAGUUAUCGGCCUGAAUUUUGUUGUACUUUAUAAGGUCUCGGUUUGUAUGUGUGCUUGGUGUGUAAGUGUUCUUGGUUUGUAAGUGUCUUGUUUGAACUUAUGUAAUGGUCUGGAACUUUUAUGUAAAAUAAUUAUUAAUGAUAAUGUAUUUUGGUAUCUCAA